CUGAACAAUGGCUGGUGGGGGCGGUGAACUUGGUUGGAAACAGGGUGAUCCAGGGCAUAAUGCUGUUCCCAGGGCUCUUGGGUAAAGGGACCAGGGCUAUUUACAUCAAGGUCUGAAGGAUAUCAGAUCUAGAGAGGAAGAUGGUUAAGGACACCCUUCUCGAGACAUUUAAAAAGAACAAACUGGAAAUAUCCAAGGCAGUAACUACCCCUUUUCCUUUCCUGGAGAUGCUGCGAGACCACUCUCUUAUCCCUGAGAAAAUGUACCAUCGUGCUCAGAAGGAGUACCAAAAAUUGGUCCCUAUGUACAGGGGGUCCCUAUGUACAUAUGGCAUCCUCAUGGAGCUGGAGAAGAAAUUCAGCACCAAGAUCCUGGCAGUCUUGUUCCAUCCCGCCAGCCUGAAGGAGUACCCACGAUUAGUCCAAAUCCAAAAGCACUUCAAAGAUGUCCCUCUAGAUGAAUCAGCAUCAGAAGCCAGUGUGAGGUCUCCUGUUUGGAGGAGCAGCCUUUAUGAGAGGACAUCAGCUUCCAGUGCCCCUCAAAGCUCUAUCCAAGUUACUCAAUUGAGAGUUCAGGAGAAAGCUGUAGUUUCCAGAAAGGCCAAAGGUCCAAAGAUUAAUUUCCGUCUCCCUGAGCUUCCUGUCACCUGUGGGAAGGCAAAGGGCACUUUACACAAGAAAAAAAUGGAGAAAGGCUCCUCAGAGAAGUGCAUCGAGAUGGCAGACGGAAGGUGGUUCACCCUAAGGGAGUUUGAAAUCAAAGGCCACAAAAUUUCCAAAAACUGGAAGAAAAACAUCUACAGCGGUGGGUACACGCUGCACUACCUCAUCAAGAAAAAAUUUCUACUUUGUCCUCCAAGAAUAUGUGGCAAGACAAAAAAGCAGGGACCAGGAAAGACUCAGUGCCAGGUACCAGCAAGAAGACAAGUAUUUUCACUGGCCGACCGAUCAAAGUACCGGGCCCAACUCCAAGCCAGGAAAUGGAUUUUUGUGUCAUGUGGACUGGGCAGUGAGCGCCUGUUCAAGGAUCGAUUUGCCUCAUUCUAUAAGGGAAAAUGCAUACAGACAGCAAGAGGGUGGUGUACCCCACAAGAGUUUUUGGCCUCAAAGCCUGAAAUCAAUAUUGCUACCUGGACCCACAGCAUCCGCUGUGGCAAACUGACCCUGCAGACCCUGAUUGAGAAUGACAUCUUGAAGCUUCACCCGGACACCUGCUCCUGUGAAAUCUGCCAGGAUGAGGACCCCUUCCCAGAGAAUGAUAAUGAGUGUUUCAUGUGUAAAGAUGGAGGUGAGCUAUUCUGCUGUGACUCAUGCCCCAAAUCUUUCCAUAGGAACUGCCACAUCCCCAGUGUUUCAUCAGAGAGUAGUGCAGAGUGGAACUGCACCUUCUGCAAAAUAAGGAAGAAUAGGGAGAAGGAACGCCCAGAGAAUGACCCCUACCAGCAGCAGCCUGAGCCUCUAAAACAGCAGAUGUAUACUGAGCAGCAACUGAAAUGUGAGUUUCUCCUGAUGAGAAUGUACUACUGCAGAGAAAGCUUUCUCUUUACUGGAGAUCCACGCCAUCAUAAGGGGUAUUCCAAGGAAGUCACAGACCCCAUGUGGCUAGACAAGGUGAAGGAGCAUCUAAAUAAUGGGACUUAUAAUACAGUGGAGGACUUUGUCUCGGAUAUGUGCCUGAUUUUUUACAACUGCAAGCAAUUUAACAAGGCUGCAGGACUGACCCCUCUGCUGGCCUUCCUCAUUCUGGAACAUCCGUCCUCAGCUCUGCUGACACCCUAG